AUGGCAGAACGCCCAGUACCUCAGUUCGAUCCUACUGGCCCUGCUCAAGAUGUAGCCAUUCGCUGGGCGAAGUGGAAACGCAGUUUUCAAUACUACCUUGCUGCAGAGGAUAUCACCGAUUCGACACGGUCGAAAGCAAAGCUGUUACAUCUUGUUGGUCCCGCUGUACAGGACGUGUUUGACACGCUCCCGGAACCUCCAGCUCCGACGGAUGGUUCUGUCCAGAAUUCUUACGACAAAGUAGUCACUAUGUUGGAUUCGUACUUUCAGUACACUCCGAAUGUAAUGUUCGAACGACAUACUUUCCGCCGAUUGGCGCAAAUGGAGACAGAGACAGUAGCUCAGUUUGGCAACCGUUUGGUUCAACAAGCAAAGCUCUGUUCGUUUGCUGACCAGGACGAGCAAGUGUGUGACCAGCUUGUAGAGAAGUGCAUCGAUGAUCGUCUACGCCGAAAGUUUCUGGAGAAACAAGGCACUCUCAAGCUCAAGGAUGCUCUGGAGUUGUCCAGACAGUUCGAGGCAACUGAACUCAGCGCUCGAGGAAUGUCACAAUCGCGCAGUGCUCCAGCUCCUGUCCGUCUGGUAUCCUCCACUACUGGCACUAGGACACCAACGCAUUCAAGUGGUCCACCCGGAGCAGAAUGUAGCAACUGUGGUCUUUCAGAUCACACAGCGGAGUCUGCUGACUGCCCUGCACGUGGCAAGGAGUGUCUGAAUUGCCACAAGAAAGGUCACUACAAGCGCAAGUGUCGGAAACCAGUGACAUCCAGGUCGUCCAAGACUGGAAGGAGAGGAAGAGGAGGUGGUACACAUCAAGUCGUUAGUGCACCUUCAGCACACAGCGCACCAGCAUCUCAGCAGAAGCCUGUCCAGCAUGAGUCCUACGCUAUUGGGAAAGUCACGUCUCCGCUGAACAAGUCAGACUCGCUGUUUGUGUCCGUGUUCGUCAACGAACGGCCGCUGAGAAUGGAAGUGGACACAGGCGCGAAAGUCACUCUAGUACCUGAACACGUGUGGGAACAGUCCUGGAGUGAUGUUCCGCUUGCGGCGUCCCAGCUGCAACUCACCACCUAUGAUGGCAGUUCGCUACCAGUGGUAGGAGAGACGGUUGUUGAAGUAGCGUACGGUGAGCAAUCCAUCACAGACACCAUUGUGGUUGUGAAGGGCGGUAGCCAUCCCCUACUCGGUCGUAACUGGUUGCACCGUCUUCGUCUCGACUGGCCAUCAUUGUUCCGCAUCAACUCGGUGUCGAGCACAGAGGCUGACUUCAAGAAUGAGUUUCCGGCGGUAUUUGGAACUGGCCUCGGUACGGUCAAGGACCACCAAGCUGAGAUCCACUUGAAGGAGGGAGCGACCCCUCGCUGUUGUUCAGCUCGUCCCGUUCCAUAUGCUCUGCGUCCUGCCGUGGAGCGUGAGCUCGACCGUCUGGAGGGUGAAGGUAUCAUACGUCCAGUCAAGUCAGCUGAGUGGGCCUCGCCACUAGUGAUAGUCAGCAAAAAGAACGGCGACAUUCGCCUUUGUGCCGACUUCAAGGUCACGAUCAACCGGCACAUCGAUCCACGUCAGCAUCCAAUACCUAAUCCGAAUGAUCUGUUGUCACGUCUUGCCGGUGGGUCAAUGUUCAGCACGCUUGAUCUCAGCCAGGCAUACGCACAGCUGCCGCUAUCCGAAGCAAGCCAGAAGUAUUGCGUCAUUGCCACGCAUCGCGGUCUCUAUGCAUUCAACCGUCUGCCGUUUGGUGUUGCAAGUGCCCCGGCAAUCUGGCAACAAACCAUGGAUCAGAUCCUGCAAGGCAUCCCCGGUGUGGUUUGUUUCUAUGACGACAUCCUCAUCACCGGAGCAACCCCAGCCGAGCACGAUGAGCGCCUACGUCAAGUACUGGAGCGACUUGCCUAA